GGUCACUAAGCCGAAUGGAGCUUUGAUCCAAASAUGCAGACAACAACACUUGCGAGUAUUUUCAAUGAAGCAGCAACGAAUUAUCCACAUAACGCCGCUUUAACUUACAUCAGUAAUGAAGGUGAAGAAGAACACGUUACGUAUAACGAGCUGGAUAACAUGGCUAAUGAGAUAUCGUCAUCUUUUAGACAACUCAAAGCGARYAACACAAUAAUCGCAAUAUUUUGCCKACAAAGUACUAAACUCAUUGCGUUACUGCUGGGAAUUUUAAAAACACGAGCUGCAUUUGCUCCAAUUGGACUAGAAUGGCCUCCUUUGAUGGCAGAACAGUUUAUUAAGUCAAUAACAUUGAAUCUCAAAGUUGUGGUGGUAGAAGAAAAACUUGUAGAAGAAUUCAACCAGAUUUUAACCCUUMURAAURGAAAUAUGGAMGAAAAAUUURAAAAAGUCRAAGAUCAAACACUUUYGUCCAAUGGUUUUGUGAUAUACUCYAAAUAUGGACAAUUUAGAUGUGAGAAUUUUGAGCAGAAUUUAGCUUAUGUGAUGCARACUUCAGGUACCACAGGAARCCCAAAGACUGUCAGAGUUCCYMAYCAGUGUGUUGUCCCUAAURUCACAAGUCUUGCAUCUAUAUUUAGAGUUUCCUGUAAAGACUGCGUGGCUCUGAURUCACCAUAUACAUUUGAUCCAUUUGUUGUUCAGUUGUUCAUUGCCUUAUCAUCAGGAGCAAAAGUUGCAGUUAUUCCAGAAAAUGUAAAAUUGCAACCAGAAAAACUUUGUAAACUCUUAUUUGAGAAACUUGGAACRACAAUUUUGCAGCCAACGCCAUCCCUGAUAUACAUGAUAGGACAUCAAUACAUCACCACAAAACUCUUGAAUCAAGACUCUACAUUGAGAGUUCUUGCCUUUGGAGGUGAACCAUGUCCACCAAAGCACACCCUACAAGAAUGGAARCACAAAGAUUGUAAAACUGAAAUAUWUGAUUUAUAUGGUAUAACUGAGGUGUCAUGUUGGGCCUCUUGUUACAAGAUAACCAAUGAUGAUUUACAAGAUAUCCCUAGUAAAGAUUGUGUACAAGAUAUUGGUGAUACAGAUCSUAGGAGUGUUGGACGUGACAGCAUACCUCUUGGAUUAUCAUUAGAUGGUACUGUUAUUGAAGUGAGGGACAGUGAAGGGAAUUCAAUAAAUGAAGGCAUUGGAACAAUAUAUAUUGGUAAGGCUCUAAUAACCUUUGUAGUGUGUCACCUUAGCAAAAUUGAAUCCUCUGCGGCAAUAUCCAAGUGUGGCUGUUUUAUUAUUGUUGGAUGCUACGAUGGCAAGGUUUACGUCUUCYGUCGUGACACUGGUGCCAUAACCUGGACAUUCCAAACUGGUGGCCAAGUCAAAAGCUCCCCCCGUAUGGACCCCUCCACGGGUAUCAUUUGGAUCGGAUCACAUGACCAUUACCUCUACUCACUAGACGUWGWMAAACAGAAAWGCGUGGCAUCGUUUGACUGUGGAGCAGCUUGCUUCAGCUCGCCAUACAUUCUUACAMGUCAUCAAKURGUGUUUGUUGCUACUUUGAGAGGUCGACUGUUGGCUGUGUGUACUGCACAAAUGAACAUUAAAUGGACUAGUCAGUGCCCCAAACCUGUCUUUGCUUCUCCAUUAGCGACAUCAGAUGGUGUUUUGUGUGGAUGUGUUGAUGGAAAGAUCUACUUCUACAGUCUUASUGGUGAGCUUCAAUGGCAGUUUGAGGCCUCCGGACCUGUUUUCAGUUCUCCGUCUGWCUUCUUGUCAGACAUUGUCUUUGGCAGCCAUGAUAAGUGUGUWUAUUGCAUUUCCAGCUCUGGUCAGAUGAAAUGGAAAUUUGUCGCUGAUUCUGAAGUGUACUCCUCUCCUUUUGUUGCUCUGCUGAAUAUUACAAGAAAUGAAAUUUGCGGUAGAGAUGUUUGCAAGGAAAAUCUUCAAACACGCCAAAACCACGAUAUAAAUGACACAACAUGGAGUCGUCGAGAGAAUAARGAGCCUGUUGUAGUGGUCUGUUCAACUAAGGGUACUUUAUAUUGCCUGUGCCCAGAUAACGGACACUUGUUGACGGCAUGGUCUAUGUCUGGACCAGUGUUUUCAUCACCAGUGAUAGUAGGCAACAGGAUUUUGAUAGGAUGUCGAGAUGACUAUCUGUACUGUCUGGAGGUUUCUCUUCAUUAACUUUAAUUAUGAUAAUAUUGCUUUAGACUGUUGUAAAUUAUAUUGUGGUUAAUUGGCAUAAUGAAUGUUUGUMAUAGACUUGUCAUCGAUAAUUUUUCCCAUUCUUUCAAUUCAUUAAUCUUCCAUUCAUCUAUUUUACUAUCUCAUUAUAGGUUUGAUAAUUACUAAUUUGCAUGAUGAGGAUUUCCAUCAUUUCGACGUCAAUUCACGUA